AUGCAGACAUACUCUGUAGAUAUCUUCCACUCGUUCAAUGGCGCAAACGACCAGAAAAGUAUAAAGCCUUAUCUUCUUCUUCCUCCUUUCUCCAUCGUCCCUUGGCCGUUUGGUGCCACUCUAAUGGCUUCCACUCAUAUUCCCUCCCUCUCAUCCCUGAUCCCUCUUCUUCAAUCCAACCGUUUCUGCAGCAAACCACCAUUAGCAGUCUUCACCCUGAUCACACAAAAGAGUCGAAACCCACCAGCAAUCAGACCCAUAAACUGCAGCAGCACCACCAACGGCGCCGCAGCAAACUCAGAGCUCAACGAGACCUCCCUCGACAACGCAACCACAACAGCCAACGGCUCGCUCCCGGAACCCGCACUUCCCUUCUCCACGACACUAAACAACAGCAACUUCCCCAUCGAGAAGCGGCGGAGGUCGGAGAUCCUCAGGGAGAGAAGGAAGAGCCAGAGCGAUCUGCUGAAGCCGGACGGGCCGCCCCCGAACUACGAGGUCGGAUGGAGGAGGACGAAAGAGAUCAAGGUGGAGAAACCAGUAGGGUACAUGAUAAUGGAUUUCCUGGAGAAGCUGGAAGGGCUAAUGGAGAGGGAGUUCGGCUCCACUCAGCUGCUGGCGAAGGUCGGGGAGAUAGUGGCAGAGAGGGCAAGGGAAGAGGCCGAGUUGCUCAAGGAUGAAGGCAAAGUGGAAGAGAGGAUGGUCACUGAGCUGUUCAGAGUUUUGAGGCUGAUGGAGAUGGAUUUGGCCAUGGUGAAAGCUGCUGUGAAGGAGGAGACUCUGGAGGAGAGGCUGGAGCAGGCUAAAGCUAGGUGCAGGCAGGCUAUUCUUGUUGCCAAUUCCUUUUGAUACAUGUGCUUUUUCAUGUAAAGAAAACCUUGAUCAUGGGGGAGACCAAAUGAUUCAUGUUAAGAGUAGGGAUUUGGUUAUAAUAAACAACACACCAGAGAUACCGAAGAGGAAAGUGACCAUUUCUUGUAGCUCAGGGAUUCUCUUCGCAGGCUUAAAAGAAACAGUACGAGAUCGAUAUUAUCUUUAUCUGCAACUCAAGCCAUUAGAAAGAAAUCAUUCUCAACAUGGUACAAAGAGAGGGCUCUCGUGCUUGAGUACUCACGAGGACUAUCAACAAUUCAAGUGUCCCUAAAUUGAGGGUAUACAAAAUCAGUAACAGCAAGUUAAUAGAUCUAUUCUAUACUUGUUCCUGGGCACCCGACGUCUUGUUCUUUCCAUCAAGGUUCCCCUAAAAGAAUUGCCAUCUCAUCUCUGAGUGGUUUGAAG